AUGUCUCUCCCAGUCUACCACUACCUGGACAUCGGCCGCCUCGGUCGCGGCGAAGUUCUAAAUUUAUUCCUCAAAGACGCCGGCAUCGAAGUGAAGCAAGUCCGCUACCCAAUGGACGCGACCUGGCCCCAGCAGAGCGAGACUCUGAAAGCUCAAGGCAUCAGUCGCACAGGAAAGGUACCUUCGCUCGAGUACAAGGGCCAGAUACUCACGCAGCACAUCCCAACCCUGCGCUACCUCGCCCGCGACAUCGGCGGCUACGACGGCGAAACGAACUGGGAGCGAUAUGUCGUGGACGCGGUGGCGGAUAUCUACAUUGACUGGAGGUCUCAAUGGGUCGCCAACCUGGGACAGAAAAACCCCGACUACAAGGACUAUGUACCCGGGUACUAUAGUCUCGUGGCGCAGUAUUACUCCGACUACGAGGGCCCGUAUCUGCUGGGUGAUCGGGUCACGUAUGUGGAUUUUGCGAUUUAUCAGUCCAUUGAUAAUGAUGCGAGGACGGGGACGCUGCCGGCGGAGUUGCCAGAUGUGCUGGUCAGGUUUAAGGAGACGUUUGAGCAGAGACCGAGGAUUGCGGAGUAUAUUAAGCAGAAUUCAUAG